GCAAUGUUCCCGACACUGGACGCAGACCUCGUGCGCUCUAUUUAUGCGGAAGCCCAGACGCCCCAGGACGCCGUAGACACGCUCUUGGCUCUGACCGUGGCGGCUGAUCCUAUGGAGGUGCCGCUGCCCACGUUGCCACCACUGGAGGUUGGCAUGGAUGAUCAUGACAAGUUCCCGGCGCUGACGGAUGCAGAGGGCUGGCAGGUUGCGAACCAGAAGCUCUUUGAUCGAGAUCCGGAAGAGGACCUGGGCUCUGCUUGGCGAGAUCGAGCAAAGGCUGCGCAGCACAUGCCCGCCCCCAAGGCCGCAGUGGCAUCUGCCAAGCCACGCUCGGGCCCUGCAAAGGCCAAGAAGGAGGAUUAG